UGCUCUAUAACACUUGGCAGUUCUCCCUUUCCAUUUGCAGGGAGCAUUAGGGGGACUAAAUAAUGAAGGUUAUAUUUUUAUCAGUCUUUGCCAUCUUUGUACUGUCUGCAUUUGACGGUGCAGACAGUAAUGGCUACUAUGACAAGAUCCUGUCACACAGCCGCAUAAGGGCCAAAAAACAAGGUCCAAAUGUCUGCGCUCUGCAGCAAGUCAUGGGAACGAAAAAGAAGUACUUCAGUACCUGCAGAAACUGGCACCAAGGCGCCAUCUGCGGCAAAAAAGCCACUGUCCUUUAUGAAUGCUGCCCUGGCUACAUGAAAAUGAAUGGUCAACCGGGAUGUCCUGCAGUUGCUCCUAUUGACAAUGUGUAUGCUACUCUUGGAAUCGUGGGAGCCACAUCAACACAAGAUUAUUCUGAUCGGUCAGACCUGAGGAAGGAGAUAGAAGGAGUUGGUUCCUUUACUUUCUUCGCACCCAGCAAUGAUGCAUGGGACUUGUUGGAACCUGAGAUUCGUUCAUCACUGCUCAGCAAUGUGAAUAUUGAGUUGCUUAAUGCUCUCCAUUUCCACAUGCUGAACAAGAGAAUGCUGACUAAAGAUCUCAGAAAUGGAAUGACUGUAACCUCCAUGUUCAACAAUCAGCCUCUUCUGAUAAACCACUAUACUAAUGGGAUUGUUACAGUAAACUGUGGAAGAAUAAUCCAUGGUAACCAGAUUGCCACCAACGGUGUUGUUCAUGUGAUUGAUCGUGUCGUGACAGCUGUGGGAAACACCAUUGAGGACUUUGUUGAUUCUGAAGAUGAUUUGUCAUCUCUUCGAGCAGCUGCUAUUGCUUCAAAUGUAAUGGAAAAACUCGGAAAACCUGGACAUUAUACCCUGUUUGCUCCAACUGAUGAGGCUUUCAAGAAACUUCCACGUAAUGUUCUUGAGAGAAUUAUGUCUGACAAGAAAGCAGCUGAGGCUCUGGUUAACUUCCACAUCUUGGACACUGUUCAGUGUUCUGAGGCCAUAAUGGGUGGAGCAGUUUUCGAGACCCUGGAAGGAAGCUCUCUUGAGAUUGGAUGUGAUGGAGACAGUUUAACUGUGAAUGGCAAGAAGCUGGUGAACAGGAAGGAUAUUGUCACAACCAAUGGUGUUAUUCACCUGAUUGAUGAGGUUCUCAUCCCUGAUUCUGCAAAGCAAGUCCUGGAACUUGCAGGAAGCCGACAGACCACUUUCACUGAUCUCAUGGCACAAAUGGGAUUGGCAGCCGCCUUGAGACCAGAGGCAGAAUACACUCUCCUUGCUCCUUUAAAUGAUGCUUUCUCUGAUGAGACACUGAGAAUGGAUCAACGUCUUCUUAAGCUGAUUCUGCAGAAUCAUAUUAUCAAGCAAAAGUUUGUCCUUAAUGGUCUUUACAAUGGACAAACCCUUGAAACCCUUAAUGGAAAGACUCUGAGAGUGUUUGUGUACCGCACUGCUGUGUGCAUUGAAAAUUCCUGCAUGCUUCGUGGAAGCAAAGAGGGACGAAAUGGUGCCAUUCACACAUUCAUGGAAAUAAUCAAGCCAGCUGAAAAGUCAUUCUUUGAUAUCAUCAGCCUUGAUAAACGUUUCAGUAUUUUCCUAGACCUAAUCCAGUAUGCUGGUCUGAAGGACCUUCUGACACAACCUGGAGCAUGGACACUCUUUAUUCCUACCAAUGAUGCAUUCAAGGGACUCAGCAGCGAAGAUAUUGAGAUACUGAAACGAGACAGAGUAGCUCUUCAGAAUAUUCUUCUUUACCAUCUGGUCCCUGGAGUAUUCAUUGGUGGUGGAUUUGAGCCUGGUGUAAUGAACAUUGUGAAAUCCCUUCAAGGAAGCAAUAUUAUUAUUAAACUGAUUAAUGACUCCAUUUCUUUGAAUAACGUCUUCGCAAAAGAAAAAGAUUCAAUGGCAACGAAUGGUGUGUUUCAUGUUGUAGACAAACUGCUGUUCCCCACAGACGUGUCUAUUGGCAAUGAACAACUCCUUGGAAUUCUUAACAAGAUCAUAAAAUAUUUCACAAUUAAGUUUGUCCGAGGAAGCACAUUUAAGGAAAUCCCUCUCACCAAAUACAUCACAAAAGUUACAGUAGUCAGGGAGCCAGUGACAACUAUCACUAAAGUAAUCGGUGGUGGAACUGAGACAAUUCGCAGAGUUAUUCCAGGUGGGACUCAGGAGCAAGAAGGUACAUGGGAUGCCGAUUCAGAGACAUCCAUUACUAGAGUAACUAAAGUUAUUGAAGGAGAACCAGAGUUCAGAGUAAUUCCUGGAAGUGAAACCCGAAUUACUAAAAUUAUCCAAGGAGAGCCAUCUAUCACAAAAGUCACCAGAGUCAUCGAAGGCGACCCAGAAUUUAGUCUGAUUAAAGAAGGAGAGACAAGAGUAACCAAAGUCAUUCAAGAGCCCACGAUUACUAAGAUCACUAGGGUGAUUGAAGGUGAGACAGAUUUUAAGCUGGUAAAAGAAGGUGAUAUAUCAUGGACUAAAGUUAUCCAAGGAGAGCCUAGAAUUUCUAAGAUCACUAGAGUGAUUGAAGGUGAGCCAGGUUUUACACUGGUAAAGGAAGGCGAAACUCAAGUGACUAAAGUGUUCCAAGGAGGCCCUGAAAUUAAAUACACUAGUGUCACUGGUCUUGGAUCUGACUUGGAUGAUGCUGAACUCACAAGGAGACUAGAAGAAGAAGUCACCAGGGUAUCCAAGUUCAUUGAAGGUGAUUCACAAACAUUGGAUGAUGCCGAGCUGAAAAAACUUCUUCAGGGAGAGCCCCAAGUUAGAAGAAUACAGUCUGGAACUAGAAGGGUACAAGGUCAACCACUCAGAAGAAAGCUUAAAAGAAGAAGUCAUCAAUCCUAAAUUCAGUCCCAUCAGCUAUUAAGAAAUUACAAAGAAUUUGUUCUGAGAAAGUGAUAAAGAGUGUGCUAUGUCGAAAUAAAUUUCAUCAGGACUAUCUCACAUCUUCCACAAAUUGCCUUCAAUUAAGCAAAUCCAUUCUUACUGUUUUAAGAUUUCUUACAAGAUGGGGAUUUGUACAAACUUUUUGAAAUAAAAAAUAAAAAAUGCUGAAUGUAUCAAAGAAAAGGAUUGUUUAUAUCAAGUUGUCCUCUGUUCUAUGCAAUGGGUUGUGGUGUGCUGUAUGCUAAUUAGGCCUUUUGCACACAAACGUUGUGCAUCCGUUCCAUGCAUUGGGGACCGCAAUUGGCCAGGACAGAUCGA